AUGUACUUGUCAAGAUUGAGAUGGAAAGAGAAAGUUUUGAUUAUUGACAGAAUGCCAUUGAAAAAGAGAAGACAAUUGAGUGAAAUUUAUGGAGAUUCGUAUAGGAGAGCAACUAGACAGUUUGUAGAGGAAAAUAGGAGAAGAGAUUUACUGUUGGAGGUUAUUCGAAUGUUAACACAAUAUCAAAUGAAUGAAACUAAUAAGGGAACGACAAUUUGGAAGAAAGUAAUCAAAUUAUUAGAAAGUAAUCAGAAAUAUUCUCUCAAGUCAAUUGGAAAAAUGAAAUUUGGUAAAUUAAGUUUAGCAGAUAUUUUCUCUUCGUAUUUCGUGCUCAAUAUUAGAAACAGAGAUUAUAGAACUAGAGAUUUGACAGAGAUUUUGGAUUUUUUAUUUAAUAAGUGUGAAAUUUCAGUACUGAAAUGUAUAGAGGGUUUGUUUCGAAUGGGUCAUUAUUCGAUUUUUGAUAAUGAGGAGCUAGGAUUACUUCAAAAGUUCAAAAGAGAGUUGAGUGAUCGUAAGGGAUUUGGAGUUUCGAAUAAUUUCUUGAAAACUCUGUUUUCCCGUGCUGACUUGAGAAAGCUACAACAUUUAGAGCUUUCGACCAAGUUUGUAGAGUUGGUAAAGAAACGAAACCCUGAACGAUUUAGAAAAUACUUACUGGAACCGCACUUUAAUAAGUUCAUUAGCCAAGCUAAUGGAUCUUGGGAAUCUUUCGAAUUUUAUUUCAAGACAUUAGAAAUUCAAACAUUGCCAAAGUAUGAAGAAAGUUUCUUUAUCAAAAAGUUACUCUCAGACGAAACUCUAAAUGAUAUUUCAGUGUUAAGGAGAGCCACUAAGGAAUUCUCUCUCAAAUUAGAUUCACUUCCAUAUUUUAUUCGAAACUUUGGGAAAUUCAACUAUGAAAUGCUAUUGUUUCUUGUUGAGGAAACUAAUCAUGCUGUGAAUGAACCCAUUUAUGGAUGUUCUCUGCUGUGUGAAAUGAUUUACAAUGCACAUUUGAAUAAUAUUUCAAUAGCAAAUGAUAUUCUCUCAAUGGUGGAGAAGGGUGCAAUAAUUUCAAUAGAAACUCAAGACGAAAGAUAUUCAACCGAUGAAAUUCUAGAAUAUUUUUACGAAGAAGAGGAAUUUUAUUUACCAAUUAUGGAAAUAUUAGUUGAUAUUUGUGGAGUUAGAUUUAAAAAAUUGGAUCAUUUCAUACGAAGAGUGGCUAAUAAUUGUCGAAACUCUAAAUGUUUCUCUCCCACUGGACUAAUCUCUGUAAUUGAAUUUGCUGGUAAAUAUUUAAAUGUUCAAUCCAUUUCUACAAGAAUAUUUCAAGAUGCUAUGAAUCAUUAUUAUGACAUGUAUGUGGAAGAGAAAUUUAAUGAAAAACAAGCAGAAGAAUUCAAGAAUUAUAUUAAUGGAAAGUUUGGUGGAAAUACCUUAAUAAACUAA